AGGGGUGUGCAGUGUGUGUCCCGGGCGAGGGGCGCCCUGCGAUGAGGGCUGCCCGGGCCGGGGGCUCCUGGGCGGGCGGGCGGCCCCGAGGGACAGGCCCUCCCGCUCCGCCUCCCGCAGGGGGCGCUGCAGCCGCCGCCGCCUGACUCCGGCGCUGCCCGCCUGGCGGGAGGAUGCUGGGAGCGGCGGCCGCAGGCUCCUCGCGGUCAGGCGGCAGCGUGCGGCGCUAGGUGGGCUUGGCCGGGCUGAGCGACAUGGCGGCGGCAGGCAGGGGGCGGCUCGUGCCCGGCCUGGCGCUGCUUCUCCUGCUGCUGCUGGGCGAGGUGGUGGGACCGGGAGCCUGGGCGGCCCGGAGCCGCGGCGCCGACAAGCAGAACAGCCUCCGCCGGGCGGCCAGCGGCGUCUACCAGGCGGUGAGCAGCCUGUUCGGCGAGGAGAACGUGCGGGCCCUGCAGAAGUUUUUCUCUAGGCUGACGGAAAGAUUUGUUUACGGUGUGGAUGUAUUAGUAGACACCUUUUGGAGAAUAUGGACUGAUGUGCUGGAUGUUCUUGGAAUUGAUGCUUCCAACCUGACUCAUUAUUUCAGCCCUGCAGUAGUUGCCAACAACCCUACCCGUGUUCUUCUGCUGAUUGGUGCUGUUUUACUUGCUUAUUGGUUUUUGUCUAUCUUCCUUGGAUUCUUCUUCUGUCUCUUACAUAUGCUGUUCGGUCGCUUCUUCUGGAUUGUAAGAGUUGCUCUGUUUGCCCUCUCAUGUGUAUACAUCCUCCAGAAGUAUGAAGGAGAACCAGAGCAUGCAGUCUUGCCUCUGUGCUUUGUUGUAGCAGUCUACUUCAUGACUGGGCCCGUUGGAUUUUACUGGAGGAGAAACAGCAGCAGCAGCCUUGAGGAGAAGAUUGACCAUAUUGACAGUCAAAUUAGACUUCUGAACAUACGUCUUACUAGGAUAAUGGAAAACAUGGACAGAGCCAAUGACCAAUGA